AGUUUACCUCGUGUGGUGCAGUGCUGUGGAAAGAUGGAGCCAUUGUCAGAUAGACUGAGAGAUAUUCAACAUCAUCACAAAGAAUUCCUCUGCUCACAGAAUGAGAAAAUGUCAGUAAACACCAUUCGAGGACAGGAGAAGACCAAGAUAUUUCUGCUGUCUGACCGCUACACGGAAUUAACAGUCACUUCUUGUCCACGUGAUUUGAGGCUGGUGGAGCAUGAACUGGUAGCGAGAGGCAGAGACCAUGAGGAGUCGCAAGAGAGAAAUGUCAGGAAGGAGCUGGAGAAAAUGCGACCGGAUGAGUUGUUUCGAAGUAGUUUUGAGAGAAGCAGAUCUGGAACAACCAUCCUGAGUGGAAUCGCAGGGAUUGGGAAAACCACCAUGGUGCAGAACAUUGUGUAUCGCUGGGCCACAGGGAAGAUUUAUCCCCAGUUCCACUUUGUCUUUCAUUUCAAAUUCCGUGAUCUGAAUCUGAUAAAAGGGGAAACCAGUCUGAAAACCAUGGUCAUGGAUUCUUACCCUUAUCUUCAGGAUGUUCUGGAGGAGAUCUGGGAGAAGCCGGAAUAUUUGCUGUUUGUGUUUGAUGGUUUGGACGAGUUCAAGGACAGGAUUGAGUUCACAGACAGUGAGUUAAACCCAGACCCUGGGCUCAGCUGCCCUGGGCCUGAAAGCCACUGUCCCGUGGCUGACAUUGUGCGCUCUCUGGUGCAGCAGGAAGUCCUGAAAGGUUGUUCAGUGCUGAUCACAAGCCGCCCAACUGCCCUGGAGUCUUUAUACCACACCAACAUCAACCUCUGGGCUGAAAUCCAGGGAUUCUUUGCUGAAGGAAAGGAAGAUUACAUCAGACGCUUCUUUGCAGAUGAGAAGAUUGCAGCUGAAGUGCUGAGAUAUGUGAAGGAGAAUGACAUCCUGUACACCAUGUGCUUCAACCCUUCCUACUGCUGGAUCCUCUGCUGCACAUUGGAGCCAAUCUUCAAACAUCCAGAGCACAGACAGCCUCCCCCCAAAACCAUAACCCAGCUGUACGCCAAUUACAUCUACAACAUCCUGAAGAACCAUCCCCGAGCCAGUGACAGCCCUCGGGAGGUGAUGCUGAGAGCCGGGGAGAUGGCCUAUGAGGGGGUCUGUAACAUGACUAUUGUGUUCAAUGACGACCAUUUACAUCACCAUCAGCUUAAACCCUCAACCUUCAUCUCAGGGUUUAUGAUGGAGAUUCUGGAGAAGGAUGAUGGUGGGAGACGAGUUGUGUACACAUUCCCUCACCUCACCGUCCAGGAGUUUGUGGCUGCUCUCGCGCAGUACCUGACUCCCGCCCGCAGGAACCUGCUGGAGCUGCUGGACCAGGUUCACACACAGAACGACGGGCGCUUUGAGAUCUUUCUGCGGUUUGUUGUGGGUCUCUCCUCACCACACACAGCUCGGCAGCUGGAGGAGAUCCUGGGGCCGUUACCUCACAAGUCAGUCUGUGAAGCCAUUGACUGGCUAAAGUUGAAUGUUGAGGCGAGGAUUAGACAGGCAGUGGGUGAAGGUGGUAAACGGAAGCUGCUGAACAUGCUGUAUUACCUGUUUGAGUCUCAGAAUCAUAGAUUGGCUCAGAUCACAGUGGGCGCUGUGGAGAAACUGGACUUUAGUCAUUUCACAUUGAACCCUCUAGACUGUGCUGUACUGUCUCAUGUGUUCCAGCUCUGUGAUACGAUAGGAAACCUCAAUCUUAAUGACUGCAAGAUCCGAGUUGAAGGGAUCCAGCGCCUGGUGCCCUCACUGCACAAGUGCAAACAUCUCAGACUGUGGGGCAAUAAUCUGGGAGAUUCUGGAGUGGAACAUCUGUCUGUGGCGCUGAGGAACCCGCAGUGUAAAAUACAGAGUCUGGGGGUAGCAUCUAACCUUCUGACAGCUAAUUGUACUGAGGAUCUGGUCUCCACUCUCAAUACAAAUUGCUCACUGAUGGAGCUGAACCUGAGUGAUAAUGAUCUGGGAGAUUCAGGAGUGAAGAGACUGUGUGAGGCUGUGAGGAACCCGGAGUGUAAAAUACAGAGUCUGUGGCUGAGCUAUAAUAGUCUGACAGCUGAUUGUACCGAGGAUCUCGCCUCUGCACUGAGUACAAACUAUUCACUGAUGGAGCUGAACCUGAGUAAUAAUGAUCUGGGAGAUUCAGGAGUGAAGCGACUGUGUGAGGCUCUGAGGAACCCGGAGUGUAAAAUACAGAGACUGUGGCUGUGUGAUAACAGUCUGACAGAUGGCUGCACCGAUGAUCUGGUCUCCGUUCUUAGUUCAAGCUGCUCACUGAGGUUCCUGUCCCUGGGGACUAACUCCUUCACAGAUGGCUCUGUCCCCGCUCUCCGCCGCCUCAUACUGACCUGCACCAGCCUGGAGGAGAUCAGGUUGUGGGAGAAUCAGUUCAGUUCAGAUGGAGGGAAACAGCUGAACUUACUGCAGGGAACCAGAGCUGGACUGAGGGUGUCAGUGUGGAUCACAGAAUGAGGAGAGAUUGGCGAGACUGUGUCUGGUUAAUAUUAACUACCUUCUCUUGGCCCCUCUUUUAACUGACAUCAUCAACCUCUCCUUAUCCACUGGCACUGUUCACAUACUCUAAAAACCUUCCCUGGAUGCAUCACUGCUCUCCAGCUAUCGCCCCAUCUUCACCUCCCAUUCCUCUCCAACACCCUGGAACAAGUCGUCACGUCCCAGCGUCGUUCUUUCCUCUCCCACCACACACUUAAUAAUAAACCCUCCAAAACUAA